UUCGUUUGUAUUUGGUUGGCGAUACGAGGCUCGUCCUAACCCCACGAGAGAUUAGUUUGUGCAAUCACAAUAUUGCACACAUCCGGAACAUUUAGCCUUACCUCGAAAUACAUCCCCCCAGUAGUGGCAUGUUUUAAUCGCCCUCUUCUAUGCAGGCGUCCCAUCCCCAUCAUCCUGACACAAAGCGGCAGACAUGGUAGAGCCAACAACACACAAGUUUGCAUCCUUGGUAGAGGAGCUGAGUUUCUGGAAGGAGCAGGCAGAGAGACACCAGCAGAGGGCUGAUGAGGCACAGGAGGAGCUACAGGAGUUUCAGCAGAUGAGUCGAGACUAUGAAGCAGAACUGGAAACGGAGCUGAAGCAGUGCGAGAGUCGAAACAAAGAGCUGCUUUUAGACAACAACCGACUGCGCAUGGAACUGGAAAGCAUAAAGGAGAAAUUUGAGGCUCAGCACUCUGAUGCUUUCAGGCACAUCUCAACUCUGGAGGAAGACCUGGCACAAACCAGAGCAGUGAGAGAUCACCUGCAGAAAUACAUCCGAGAGCUAGAGCAGUCCAAUGACGACCUGGAGAGGACCAAAAGGGCCACCAUAAUGUCUCUGGAGGACUUUGAGCAGCGGAUGAACCACGUCAUUGAGAGGAAUGCCUUUCUCGAGAGCGAGUUGGAUGAGAAAGAGAACCUGCUCGAGUCAGUUCAGAGGCUCAAGGAUGAAGCCAGAGACCUUCGCCAGGAGCUGGCUGUACGUCAGAAGGAAAGACGGCCAUCCAGCAGCCUGGGCAAAGACAUAGAUCGAGCAGAUCUGCCGUGCCCAUCAGCUGGGAACCCAUCCAUCCCCGUCACACCCUCCAAACCUCUCAGCUCAUUUGCCACGCCCCCUGCUUCCAGUAUCCGAAGAGGUGAUGGUCUCACAGGGACUCCCCUCACCACGUCAGCUAGAAUAUCUGCACUCAAUAUUGUCGGGGAGUUGCUGAGAAAAGUUGGAAAUCUGGAGUCAAAGUUGGCGUCCUGUCGAGACUUUGUCUACGACACAUCUGUCAGCAGACCAGCACUUCCGGCUGGUCCUAGUAGUCCUUCUGGUUUAGAAAGAGGCUCUGAGAUCCAAGCUACCAGCAUGAGCCCCCCUCCUCAGUACGACAGUUUAGUGAAGCGGUUAGAGUUCGGACCAGCUCCUCCGAGAGGAGUCUCCCAGGGUGCCCAGUCUCCGCAGGGAGGUGUCAAGAUUCUGCUAUGAGAGGAUAAAGGAGGCGAACAACCCCCCCUCCUUCAAUAAUCUGACACCAACCCGUCCUCUCCCUCCUUAAUAAACUACAGCAAUGGGACCUUGAACUGAGCAGUCUUCCCUUGUCGUCCUGUGCCCUGCUGAACUAUUUGAACAAGAAAGCCGCUCUCCCAGCUCCAUGCCCUACAUACUCAGCGCAUGGACUUCUGCCGCCUCGGGCUAACAUCACUCCAUAUCUGUCGUAGGACCGAGCACUACAGCUCUGUAAAAGAAGCUACAAUGUAUCUUCUACUGUGACGCUGUGGUGUGUAGCAUCUAAAAAAUCCUCCUGUGUUACUGAUUAGCUUUUUGUGGAGGAUCGGGUAUAACGGGGCUGUUGAAGCAUUACUGCAGCCAGAGAACAGAUUUAGGCUGGUUGCUGCACUUGCCCAUUGAUCAUUACAUGAAGUGAAUAACUGAACCAGUUAUAGGUAGGGACCAAGAACUUGGAGUGUCAUUUAUAAAAAGGUUGGAUCAUACAAAUAUUGUCCAGAACUUUAAAGCUUUAUCAAUGAAAAACUGACCAAACAAAAAAGUAAUGGGAUAGAUUUUUAUUUUAUUUUACAUGGAAUCUGAUGUGAAAACUUUAAAGUCUGUUUUUGUUUUUUAUUCUUUGAACUGUGGGCUCAAAUAACGUAGCACUGAACAACACCGGCAUAUGCGAACAUCUGUUGUGGAGGAGCUAGAUAUCGUUGGUUUAAAAGAUAGUUUAAAUAUUUUGAGAAUGAAUUAGUCGCAGCCAGGAACUCAUGUUAGUAUUUUAGCCAUCGCUGCCUUCAUCAAUGUUAUUACCUGUUGAGUUUGUAGUUCUUUGCUGUAUUUGAUAAAACAAGUGAAAUAGUUUAUUUAUUCCCCGUGCUGCCAGGCUUCUACCAUUCAGAUGAUAUCACUUUUCCUCAAGCUAGUUUAAUAUGACAUGCCAUUCAGUUUGACCCAGGUCCUUCCUGCCAUUGCGCAGACUAAUUUCUUCCUGGUAUGCAAGGUUUAUGAAUGUGAAGUUUAGGAUUAUGUUUUGCUUCAGAUAAUAAGAUGUUCAUUUGUUGUGCCACAGAUUUAUGAUCUAAGGUUAUCAAUAACAUUUAUUCUGAAUUUAGCUGACUGUAGAAGUUAGAUGGGCACAUGUUCACUUCUGAAUGUACAGUAAUAAUUCCCUAAUAGGUGUGAGACCUCCUGUCGGCCAUCAAGGGUUAUAUGGUGGGCGAAUGGGGGGGGGAAAGUACCAAGCAAUAAUAGAUUUUAACAGAUCAAAGAUAAGCACAGUUCAUAGUAUAUUUGUGUAGGUAUAUAGAGCCUAUAUUGAAUUCCCUUUUCCUGCCUUUUAAAGAGAGAUAUUGUAAAUGGGGGAAAUGGAGUGAUAAACAAUAUUUGUGACGUCUGUACUUUUCCCUAAAAUGUUUCUGGUCAAUCUUGAGUUGUCACUACUGCCAUCCAGCAGCUCAUUAAGCAAAUAUUACCGUACAUAUCUAAAUAUCACGUUUAUACAGCCGUCGUCGCUGCAGUGUAGCCUGUGUGUAGGAAUGAACUCGUGGUUUAUGCAUAUCAGAACUGGAUGUCUUUUCUUUCUUCUCGGCUGUCUAACCUUCCUUCAACUAACACAAGCUGACUAACUGUAAUCCACAACCACUGUGUACUGGGUGUUUGUAUGCAGCAACUGCUUCUGUAUUUGGACUUUAAACUGUAUGUGCCUGAGGUACUAUACCCAACUUUGGUCCUAUUGGUUUGCAGUUUUUAAUUGAACUGAACAGAUGAGAAUAACGUUCUGUUGUGAUGAUCCAGUUUGAUCUUUGAAGUUACUGACCAAGACAGAAACAUUAAAAGGAGAAAA